UCGCGGGGGCCGGAGAUGGCGGGCGGCGGCGGCGUCACGUACUGGUACGACGCGUGCGAGGACGACGACGACGACGAGGACAGCUCCUCGCUGCUCUGCGGCAUCGACUUCGCCGCCUCCGCCGACUUCGACCCCGGGUUCAUGCCCAACUUGGGCCUCGACACCGGCGUCGACGACGGAUUCGUCGCCGAAAUCGACCGCAUACUCGAGAGCAUCAACGCCGACACCGCCCCCGCGCCGCCACAGCCGCCCCCGCCUUCUCAGCCCGUGGCUCCGCCGCAGCCUCAGCCGCCGCCGUCUCAGCCUGUGGCGCCUCCGCCGCCGCCGCCGCAGCAAAAGGAGGCUCCUUUGGCCGUGGCCCACAAUGCCCUAGCGGUGGUGGCCCCUGCCUCGGGGCAGGGGGUGGAGCCGAGGAAGGACACGCGGAGGGAGCCCCACGGCAGCUCCGCCAAUGGCGGCGGGGAUUACAGGGGCGGGAAGCGACCUCGCCUCGUCUCCGGGCCAGACAGGGCGCCGCGCCCCGACCCGCGGCGGCGCCCCCCGCCUCCGCCCCCGCGUGGCUGCUGGGAGGACCGGCACGGGAAGCGCGACUUCGACAGGCCCCCGCACAAGCGGGACCGCGACCACCACCACCGCCGCGAGGCCCGGGGGUUCUGGGAGCGGGACCGCGGCGGGAAGAUGGUGUUCCGCCCCGGCGCCUGGGACCAGGAGGAGUCCGGCCGCGACGCGAAGCGUGCCAGGGCAGAGAAUGGAGGCACCGUGGGGAAGAAAGCGGAGGCGGCUGCUGCACAGAAGGAGAAGCCCCUCACCGAGGAGCACGCCAGGCAGUACCAGCUGGAGGUGCUCGAGCAAGCAAAGAGCAGGAACACCAUAGCCUUCCUCGAGACCGGCGCGGGCAAGACGCUCAUCGCCGUGCUGCUCAUCAAGAGUUUAUGCGACAAGAUGCUCAAGGAGAACAAGAAGAUACUUGCUGUGUUCUUGGUUCCCAAGGUGCCUCUUGUGUACCAGCAAGCUGAGGUGAUCCGUGACAGGACUGGCUAUCGGGUUGGGCAUUACUGCGGAGAGAUGGGUCAGGAUUUUUGGGAUUCUAGGAAGUGGCAGCGCGAGUUUGAUUCUAAACAGGUACUUGUUAUGACAGCUCAAAUUUUGUUAAACAUCCUCCGGCACAGUAUUAUUAAAAUGGACGCGAUACAUCUUCUAAUUUUAGACGAGUGCCAUCAUGCAGUGAAAAAACAUCCAUAUUCUCUAGUGAUGUCAGAAUUUUAUCAUACAACUCCCAAGGAUAAGAGACCAGUUGUUUUUGGUAUGACAGCUUCUCCUGUCAACCUGAAGGGAGUCACCAGCCAAGAGGACUGUGCCAUCAAGAUAAGGAAUCUUGAAACUAAAUUAGAUUCCAUAGUUUGUACUAUCAAAGAUCGGAAGGAGCUUGAGAAGCAUGUUCCCAUGCCUUUGGAAGUCGUCGUGCAAUAUGACAAAGCAGCCACUCUUUGUUCCUUGCACGAGAAGAUCAAACAAAUGGAAACUGCAGUUGAGGAAGCUGCACUCUCUAGCUCUAAGAGAAGCAAGUGGCAGUUCAUGGGAGCCAGGGAUGCUGGGUCUAGAGAUGAGCUGCGCCUUGUCUAUGGUGUUUCUGAGCGUACAGAAAGUGAUGGUGCAGCUAAUUUAUUCCAGAAAUUGAGAGCUAUAAACUAUGCUUUAGGUGAACUAGGACAAUGGUGUGCUUACAAGGUUGCACAGUCCUUCUUGACAGCGUUACAGAAUGAUGAAAGGGCAAACUAUCAGGUUGAUGUAAAGUUUCAAGAGUCGUAUUUAAAAAAGGUUGCUGAUUUAUUACACUGCCAGUUGACUGAAGGAGCUGCUAUGAGAAGCGAGGCAAAUGAUGUUGAGAUGCAUAAUGCUGAAAACGACAAUCCAAGUGAGCUAGAGGAUGGGGAGCUGCCUGAUAGCCAUGCUGUUUCUGUAGGUGAACAUGUAGAUGAAGUCAUUGGAGCCGCCGUGGCAGAUGGGAAGGUUACCCCUCGGGUGCAAAGUUUGAUCCAAAUACUUCUCAAGUAUCAGCAUACCAAGGAUUUCCGUGCUAUCAUCUUUGUGGAGCGAGUUGUCACCGCAUUAGUUCUUCCUAAGGUGUUGGCAGAGCUUCCAUCUCUAAGCUUUAUACGAUGUGCAAGCUUGAUAGGCCACAACAACAAUCAAGAGAUGCGCACAAGCCAAAUGCAGGAUACAAUUGCAAAAUUUCGUGAUGGCCGUGUUACGCUGCUAGUUGCGACUAGUGUUGCAGAGGAAGGUCUUGAUAUUCGACAGUGCAAUGUUGUCAUCCGCUUUGACCUUGCGAAGACUGUCUUGGCCUACAUACAGUCUCGGGGUCGUGCAAGAAAGCCUGGAUCUGAUUACAUAUUGAUGGUUGAAAGGGAAAAUAUGUCACAUGAAACUUUCUUGAGGAAUUGUCGUAAUAGUGAGGAGACAUUGAGAAAAGAAGCUAUAGAAAGAACUGAUCUCACUCAUCUUGAUGGCACUCCUGCGUUAAAUCCAAUUGAUACCUCCCCUGAUUCGAUGUACCAGGUCGAAUCAACAGGUGCUGUUGUUAGCUUGAAUUCUGCAGUUGGCCUCGUACAUUUUUACUGCUCACAGCUUCCGAGUGACAGGUACUCAAUUCUUCGUCCGGAAUUUUUUAUGCAAAGGCACGAGAAGCCAGGGGGUUCAGUGGAAUAUUCUUGCAAAAUUCAACUGCCCUGUAAUGCUCCAUUUGAGAAACUUGAGGGUCCAAUAUGCAGUUCCAUUCGUCUGGCACAGCAAGCUGUUUGUUUGGCUGCGUGCAAGAAGCUACAUGAGAUGAGUGCCUUCACAGAUAUGCUUUUACCUGAUAGAGGAAGUGAGGAACGAGAAAAGACUGAACAGAAUGAUGAAGGUGAUCCACUCCCUGGUACAGCAAGGCAUAGAGAGUUUUAUCCUGAAGGAGUUGCCGAAAUUCUAAGAGGAGAAUGGAUUUUGUCUGGAAAAAAUGGCUGCCAGAGCUCCCAGUUUAUUAAGCUGUACAUGUAUUCUGUGAGCUGCAUAGAUGUUGGGACAUCUAAGGACCCUUUCCUUGCACAGCUUUCGAAUUUUUCUAUUAUUUUCGGCAAUGAGCUGGAUGCAGAGGUUUUAUCGACGACAAUUGAUCUCUUUGUUGCCAGGACAAUGAUAACAAAGGCAUCUCUUGUAUUCCGUGGACCAAUUGAGAUUACAGAAAGUCAGCUGGUCUUGCUGAAGAGCUUUCAUGUUAGGCUCAUGAGCAUAGUCCUUGAUGUGGAUGUUGAUCCCUUAACGACACCUUGGGAUCCGGCAAAAGCAUACCUCUUUGUGCCUGUAGGAGCUGAGAAGUGUAGUACAGACGCUUUAAGAGAGAUCGAUUGGACCUUAAUUAACAGCAUUGUGAACACUGAAGCUUGGAAUAACCCACUUCAGAAGGCACGGCCAGAUGUCUACCUAGGAACCAAAGAGCGGACACUUGGUGGAGAUAAGAAAGAGUAUGGGUUCGGCAAAUUGCGUAAUGGCACCACUUUUGGACAGAAGGCUCAUCCGACUUAUGGCAUAAGAGGAGCCAUUGCACAGUUUGAUAUUGUCAAAGCAUCUGGAUUAGUUCCUGGUCGUGAUAGAGGGUAUUUUAAUGACUGUCAGAAUCAAGGGAAGUUGUUCAUGGCAGAUUCAUGCUGGGAUGCUAAGGAUCUUGCUGGAAUGGUUGUGACUGCUGCCCACUCAGGAAAGAGGUUCUAUGUGGACUGUAUCUGUUAUAACAUGAAUGCAGAAAAUUCGUUUCCUAGGAAGGAGGGCUACCUGGGGCCUUUGGAGUAUGGAUCGUAUGCUGACUACUACAAGCAGAAGUAUGGCGUAGAGCUAGUGUAUAAGAAGCAACCUCUUAUACGUGCACGAGGUGUUUCCUAUUGCAAGAAUCUUUUGUCUCCCAGAUUUGAGCAUUCGGAAGCUAAAGAAGGUGACCUUUCAGAGAACCUUGACAAGACGUACUAUGUGUAUUUACCACCCGAACUGUGCUUUGUACACCCACUUCCUGGAUCACUUGUUCGUGGAGCCCAAAGGUUGCCAUCAAUAAUGAGAAGGGUGGAGAGCAUGCUUCUUGCAGUUCAAUUGAAGGAAAUAAUUGACUACCCUGUUCCUGCAACUAAGAUAUUAGAAGCCUUGACUGCUGCAUCAUGCCAGGAAACAUUCUGCUAUGAAAGAGCAGAGUUACUGGGUGAUGCAUACCUUAAAUGGGUUGUGAGUAGAUUCCUUUUCCUAAAAUAUCCCCAGAAGCACGAGGGACAGCUUACAAGGAUGCGGCAGCAGAUGGUUAGUAACAUGGUCCUGUACGAAUUUGCCCUGAAUAAGACUCUUCAAUCGUAUAUUCAAGCAGAUCGGUUUGCCCCAUCAAGAUGGGCAGCUCCGGGAGUGCUACCUGUAUUUGAUGAGGAAACAAGAGAAUCCGAGCCGUCCAUCUUUGGCGAAGAAUCAAUUCCUGGUAAUGAAUUGCCGAAGGAUUACGAUGAUGACUACGCAGAUAGCAUCCAAGAAGACGGUGAAAUUGAUGGAGAUUCUGGCUGCUAUCGUGUUCUCUCAACCAAGACUUUAGCAGAUGUGGUUGAGGCACUUAUUGGGGUCUAUUAUGUAGCAGGAGGGAAAAUUGCUGCAAAUCACCUGAUGAAGUGGAUUGGGAUUCAUGCUGAGUUGGAUCCUCACGAGAUCCCUCCUCCGAACCCAUAUAAUAUACCUGAGAGCAUAUUGAGAAGCAUCAACUUUGACACAUUAGAAGGCAUCUUGGGCAUGAAAUUCCAGAAUAGAGGUUUUCUUAUUGAGGCUAUAACACAUGCUUCACGGCCAUCUUCUGGAGUGUCCUGUUACCAGCGGUUGGAAUUUGUUGGUGAUGCAGUGUUGGAUCAUCUCAUUACAAAGCAUUUAUUUUUUACAUAUACAGACCUACCUCCUGGCCGCUUGACUGACUUGAGAGCUGCAGCUGUUAAUAAUGAGAACUUCGCAAGGGUGGCAGUGAAACACAAACUGCAUGUACACCUUCGCCAUGGAUCAUCUGCACUGGAAACACAGAUUCGGGAGUUUGUGAAGGAUGUCCAAGAAGAGAUUGCAAAAUCAGAUUUCAAUUCUUUUGGGCUUGGGGACUGCAAGGCUCCUAAAGUUCUUGGAGACAUUAUUGAAUCUAUUGCUGGCGCUAUAUUCCUGGAUAGUGGGUAUAAUACCUCGGCGGUCUGGAAGGUUUUUCAACCGCUCCUUAGUCCUAUGGUGACGCCAGAAACCCUUCCUAUGCAUCCAAUUAGGGAGCUCCAAGAACGGUGCCAGCAGCAAGCCGAAGGCUUAGAAUACAAAGCAUCCCGAGCAGGAAAUGUAGCAACUGUUGAAGUGUUUGUUGAUGGUGUUCAGAUUGGUCUAGCUCAGAACCCGCAGAAGAAGAUGGCUCAGAAGUUGGCGGCGAGGAACGCACUUGUGGUCCUGAAGGAAAAGGAAACUGCAACAAAAAAGGAGACCGAACAGGAUGGAGAUAAGAAAAACGGUGCUAGUGUGUUCACCAGGCAGACGCUGAACGACAUGUGCCUGAGAAGGCAGUGGCCGAUGCCACAGUACAGGUGCAUAAACGAGGGCGGCCCUGCUCAUGCUAAGAAGUUCGUCUACGCGGUGAGGGUGAACACAUCCGAUCGUGGAUGGACUGACGAAUGCAUUGGGCAGCCAAUGCCGAGCGUGAAGAAGGCCAAGGACUCUGCUGCCGCUCUUCUACUUGAGCUUCUGAAUGAAAGUUUCCCUGAGAAGCCUAAUGGUAAGAAGUCAUAGGCGUAGUUGAUUAUAUUGAUCCUUGUAGUAGUGAGGCAUUUUCGCAUUUUUGCACAAGCAUAGAUUCAUUACCCAUUCAGUGCUCGUCAGCUCUGGCAAAUAAGAAGGGCUGAUGAGUGAGAGCAGAUGAUACCAUUUUAGUGGAGGCCGCUGGAUGUUACUAGAUAUGAGGCAGGAUAGAUAGGAGUGGCUAUAGCAAAGGGUAGUCUGAUACAUGAUAGAUGGAGGCCUCUUAUUCUGUUGUAUAACAUGUUAACUUGUUAAGAUGAGUCUGAUACAUUUGGAUGUUA